GCUGCAGACUUUUACAGAGAAAUCAAAGUGUGUUUGUUCGAAAUGGCAGAAACAGCGCCAGCAACCGCUCCGGCUAAAGCGCCGAAGAAGAAAGCGAGCGCGAAGCCUAAAAAGAUCGGCCCUAGCGUCUCUGAUUUGAUUGUCAAGGCUGUAUCGGCUUCAAAAGAGCGCCACGGACUGUCUUUGGCUGGGCUCAAGAAGGCUCUUGCUGCUGGCGGCUACGAUGUAGAGAAAAAUAACGCCCGCGUGAAGCUGUCCGUAAAAAGUCUUGUGAGUAAAGGCUCUCUCGUGCAGACAAAGGGUACUGGCGCCUCCGGAUCAUUUAAAAUCAAUAAGAAACAGGCAGAGGCAAAGGAGAAAGGCACGAAGAAAAAGGCAUCCCCGAAGAAGCCAGCAGCGAAAAAGCCUGCUGCCGCAAAAAAAGUAAAGAAACCGGCAGCUAAGAAACCCGCGACAGCCAAGAAAACUGUUAAGAAGCCUGCAGCAGCCAAGAAAUCUGCCAAGAGCCCCAAGAAAGCGAAGCCGGCUGCCAAGCCCAAAAAGGCAGUGAAGAGCCCGAAAAAAGCCAAAGUAGCUAAGGCUAAAGCGGCCAAACCUAAAACUGUAAAGAGGGCUGCACCGAAAAAGAAGUGAGCGUGCACAUUACCUGAUAUUCGUAUACACAAACGGCUCUUUUAAGAGCCCCUA